AUGGGAAGCGGAAGUCGAGUUGUGCUCUCACUCUAUUCUUCAGCGCCAUUUCUCUCUCUUUCUUCCGCUCAGCUACGAUUCAAAUCCUCUCUCGCCGCUAGGGUUUCUUUUCACAUGGCGUACGCUGCCUCAUCCGUUAGCACCAACAAUCCCUCCGCUUCCUCCGCUAUUGAUUUUCUCUCUCUAUGUCAUCGCCUCAAGACAACCAAACGAGCAGGAUGGUUGCGGAAAGACGUACAGGACCCUGAAUCUAUCGCGGAUCAUAUGUAUCGCAUGGGUUUGAUGGCUCUCAUUGCACCGGAUUUUCCUGGCAUUGACCGAGAUAAGUGUGUCAAAAUGGCUGUUGUUCACGAUAUUGCAGAAGCAAUUGUUGGAGACAUAACCCCGGCAGAUGGAGUUCCAAAAGAAGAAAAAAGCCGACGUGAACAAGAAGCACUGGAUCAUAUGUGUAAAGUACUUGGAGGGGGAUCUAGAGCCAAGGAAGUUGCUGAGUUGUGGACAGAGUAUGAAGCAAAUUCUUCUCCAGAAGCCAAAUUUGUCAAGGACCUUGACAAGGUGGAGAUGAUCCUUCAAGCCUUGGAAUAUGAAGAUGAGCAAGGGAAGGAUUUGGAUGAAUUUUUCCAGUCCACUGCUGGGAAGUUCCAGACUGAAAUUGGCAAAGCCUGGGCAUCAGAGAUAGAAGUAGCAUGUAGCAGACAAUUUCACAAGGAGAGUUGA